AUGCUGGCUGCGGCAGCACAUCAACCGAAGCCAGCUGUUCACGAUGUCGAAGGACUCCGAGCCAGCUUUGACGGCAUUCUCGGCGCUAUCGCUCACUCUGCUUCUGAGUUCGAGGUGACCAGCACAAAGCACACAAUUCAGGCGCGAGACGGUGCAAACAUUGACGUCAUCCAGGUAUCGCCCAAGCAGAGAAAGGAGAACGGAGCUGCAGUGCUUCACAUCCAUGGAGGCGGGAUGGUAUCGAGCUCGGCUGAUAUGUUCGUCAAGUCGGGCAUCGUUCCAAUGAAUGCGCAAGAGAGUGGCAUCGACUUCUUCACCGUCGAAUAUCGACUCGCGCCCGAGCAUCAGUUGGACGGGCUCGUCAACGACUGCUACGAUGCGCUGAAAUGGCUCUCAACCAAUGCAGCCUCGCUCGGGAUUGACAACACACGCAUCGGUGUCAUGGGCGAGGCGGCCGGAGGUGGCCUUGCCGCCGGUGUGGCUCUGCAAGCCCGCGAUGCUGGCCUCACACCUCCGCUACGCAAGCAGAUCCUCAUCUACCCGAUGCUUGACGAUCGCAACCUCGUUCCCGACGAGCGACUGGCGCCAACUGCCUUGUGGACCUACGAUGCCAACGUGACUGGGUGGUCAGCUUUGCUGGGCAAAGGCGUCGCUGGCACUGACAAGGUCAAGGAGCUGGUCAAGUAUGCUGUUCCCGCAAGGGUACGGGAUCUCUCUGGGCUCCCAGAUACCUACAUCGACGUCGGUCAGCUCGACAUUUUCGUGGAAGAGGAUCUCAAUUAUGCUCACAGACUGCACAAGGCUGGUGUCCAAGUCGACUUGAACCUGUACAAGGGCCUUCCUCAUGCAUGGGAGCUGUUUGGCAAAGAUACUUCGACGGGCAAACGCAUCACCCUUGAAAGGACUCUCGCCAUCCAGAGCAUUUGA